UCUACACCAUCUGUAGCAUUAUCAUAAAGCAAUGAUUAAUUCAGAAGGGGGACGAAUUAGUAUAAAAGUAAAAGUUGGGUCGAUUAUUUUAAAGGGCAAGAGUACAACAUGAUUUGUCUUCCAGUUUUGUAUCUGGUAUCGAUAGCCAAAAUAGCGGAUGCGACUGCUGGAGCGGACUAUUCCGGAGGAGUCUUAGGAACCGGAUUACAUUCGUUAUUAACUGGUCCUGACAUUUCCGACCAACAGCAUCAAAGUCCUGAAACACCUACUGGCCCCGGGUAUGCCUCUGCAGCAUCAAUGGGUGUGUCUCCAAAAAAGAGGGAGUACGAGAUGUUUGGGCAUGCUGAUCCCCACCGAGGUCCUGACGCAUGCCCAUACGGAUGGUUUAGUUACGAAAAUAGUUGCUAUAUGUUAAGUAGUGACGAAAAACCCUGGGUAAACGCAGCGAUACAAUGUGCAAGUAUGAAAGCCCAUUUAGCUUGUAUAGAAAGUGCUGAUGAGAAUUCCUUCCUUCGGGAACUACUGAUAGCCAUGGGAGUCGACAGAGGGGCGUGGCAUGGUCUGAACGAACUGCUUCAUCCUGGUCAGGAGACGUACGGGUGGGGAUUGACCCAGCAGGCGUGCACUAAGUACGAUUGGUACGGGGGUGAGCCCGUGAGUCCGGCAACAGGGGAAUAUCUGUGUGGCAUGUUCUUCCAAGCGUAUCAUUAUCACUGGCAUCUAGGGAACUGCAACCAACCCAACAGAUAUAUAUGUGAAAUGAAAAAGGGAAAGCCUUGUGAAUGUCAGCUGUAGACGAAAAACGACUCUGUAAAACUGGAAUACCGGACUCAACAUUAUUCAAAUAAGUGGCUGGCAACAUUUGUAUGCAUUACUGGGGAUCAUGUCGCAAUCUUUAUCUGUUUUAGCUUGCUGAACACAUUAAAUAUGGCAUUCAAAA